AUGGCAGACCGCCACGCACAUGUCGCUUCCGACCCUGCAUCAGCCCCGGGUUAUGUCCGGUCCCCUGCGAAGGAUGGUGCCCAGGAGGCAGUGGAAGAAACACAACCGGUGGAACCCAACGAGGCGCCAUUACCUCCAGAUUUGGAACCUAGGUCACCAGCCAGCCCAACCAUCGAUGCAGUGACGCUGCCCCUUCCAGAUGCUACUAAGGAAGAGUUGCCGGAAGAACACAAAGAUCUCAAACCAGCCUACAUGACGGAGUCGUACGACGAAUCGCCAUUCGAAGCCAAGACGCCAGCAAAUCCGAAAACGCCCACGGACAAGGCGCCGCAUGCCAAACUUUCCAUAACAUUACCUUCUGCAAAGUCCCUGGAGACGGCAGCUGUGAAAACUCUGGCAGCGCCCACGUCUCCUCGUAAGAGUGCCAGGACUCGUGCCCCUGUGCCCAAAGCCGGCGUUGCGGCUCCAGGAUUGCCGGUGGAAGCAAAGACACGGGCGCGAGACGCCGAUAAUGCGCUGAUGCAAGGGCGAGACGCCGCGGUGGGCAGGGGAAAGGGGAAGCCAGUCCUACCAUCUAAACGACCGAGGCGCAGUGCAGCAGCUCCAGCAGUGGGUGCAGAUGGUGGAGUCGCCACCGCGAAGCAGCGUCCUCCUUUCGAAGACCGACAGCCUUCUGAAGGCCAAGCGGCGGCGGCGUUUCCUCAGAUCGUGGGUCCUGCCAACCCGUACCUGAACGUUCCCCUGUACAGGCCACCCCUGAUACCACGUGUUUCUAUGUGGAGCCCCACCAUGGACGCACCAACGCCGCCCGGCUUCGACGACGGUCCCGAUGUUGUGAAGAACUACGUGCACGGGCCCGAGUCUACUCUACCGCCUGAUGAUGUCGUCUCUAUGAAGCAGGCUGCACUGCUCUUCCUGAUCACGCUCGCAUUCUGCGGUAUAUUCGCGGCUUGGAUUAAGCUUAUGGACAGUGAAGCAAGCGGCAAAACUACGGUUCACGGAGUGCCCAAUAGUAUGGCCACUGCGGCUGGGAAGCAUGACGAUUCUCCCUUCAUCCAGCCUAUGGCGACCGGCCUACCCGGGCGUUCUCCGAAAGACACAUCGCCCAACACCGUAGAUUCAAACGUUACUAGCACAGACAGUUACUGA